AACUUAUCAUUAACUCCUCCCCAAAUUUCAUCAACCAGUACAACAGCAUCAACAAAUAACGUACAUUUUUUAUUUAUUAUCAAAUUUGGGAAAAACAAAUUAAAGACUCAUAUAUUUUCAAGAAAACAUUUUUCCACUUUUCAUUUUUUCACUGUUGUAAAAGCCAUGUACUUGUACACUUGAAUCACAGGAGACUAACAUUUGAAUUUAGCAACACUUUACUUUCCAACUUUUACUUUCCUGAAAACUCUCAUCUUCUCAUUCCUUCUGCUUUGUUAUUGUUUAGUACGAAAAAAUAUCAAGAUAUUCGAGUAACUAUAAGUAAUGGCAGGUGGAUAUAGAGCUGAAGAUGAUUAUGAUUAUCUAUUCAAAUUAGUGUUAAUUGGGGAUUCUGGUGUUGGCAAAUCUAAUCUCCUUUCUCGAUUCUCGAGGAACGAGUUCAAUCUUGAAUCUAAGUCUACUAUUGGUGUUGAAUUUGCUACUCGAAGUAUUCGUGUUGAUGAUAAGAUCGUUAAGGCUCAGAUUUGGGAUACUGCUGGCCAAGAAAGGUACCGUGCAAUUACAAGUGCAUACUACAGAGGGGCUGUCGGUGCAUUGCUUGUGUACGAUAUCACUCGACAUGUCACAUUUGAAAAUGUUGAGAGAUGGUUAAAAGAGCUUCGAGACCAUACCGACCAAAAUAUUGUCAUAAUGCUCGUUGGGAACAAGGCCGACUUACGUCACUUGCGUGCUGUUACAAUAGAGGAUGCCAAGGCCUUUGCUGAAAGAGAGAGUACCUUCUUUAUGGAGACUUCAGCACUUGAGUCCUUGAAUGUUGAGAAUGCAUUUACUGAAGUAUUGACCGAGAUAUACAGGGUGGUCUGUCGGAAAGCACUUGAAGUUGGAGACAAUCCUGCUGCGUUGUCUAAGGGGCAAACGAUAAAUGUUGGCAAGGAUGAUGUUUCAGCUGUUAAAAAAGUUGGUUGUUGCAAUGUCUAAGCAAAAAAUCAAGAAAUCCAAAUGCUUACUACAACCAGCAAAUGCUCCUACUAUUGUUGCAUUGUGUAUUCUCAGUUUUGAAUCUUUUAGGAAAUGAUGUAUCUACUUAUAUAUUAUUCCACCUCUGUAUUGUUUCAUCAACCUACUUUGAGUUUGUACUACCCUAUUUGUUACCUUCUUUGACUCUUGCAUCUUGCCUCUUAUUUCACAAAAUUCAAGGCAGUCUUGCUGAAAAGAAUUUUACUGCUUUAA